AUGGUGGACUUCUGGAUCCAAAUCCAUAAUCUCCCAGAAGCAUACAGAUCUGAGAACAACAUUGCCAUGGUUAGCAGAAUGUUUCACAAAAUCAUCGAGAUUGACCGGGCUGCUCUUCAAUCUCAAAUAUACAGGAAGUUUGUGAGGGUGUUCGUCCAGGUGGACACCUCAAAACCGAUUCCAGAUGGGUUUUACAUUCGCCAUCAACAAAAAAGAACUUGGAUUGAAUUCAAGUAUGAGAAACUCUACUCACUGUGCUACCACUGUGGAGGAAUCGAGCACACCAGAUUGGAGUGCGAUCUGAGAAGAAUCAGCGAAGAAAACGGAGAUCAACCGCCAAUGGUGCAGAGAUGGGGACCGUGGACGAGGGCCAGCUCUCCUCUCUUCUCACCUAGGACGAUCCAGCAGCAGGAGGUUGAGGCCGUGGUGGUCACAGACGCGGCAUCGACAUCUGAAUCUCCAGGAGGAUCCCGGGUCCAGUCGCCGGCGAACACCAUGAACAGAGCGAUCUUCGCUCAACCCCAGAUGGUCCCACAAUCCUUGGUAACGACGCCUGCCAUCCAUCAAUCCCCUCACUCAAGUUUCGCUCAGAACUUCCCUCUUUCUCCAUCAGUUAACCCAUUCCAAUAUCCCUACCUCUCAUCUCCUUCUCCACAAAGCUACCCCCGCCUUUACCCUGAACUGUGA